AUGAGCGCUACUGUCGAGUACACGGUCUUUAAAGGCUCUCCCGGCGGCGGAAACGGUGUUAUCGAAAGCAAGACCGUUCGCCCGGCACCAACUGGCAAGGAAGUUUUGGUGAGAAUCACUCAUUCUGGAAUUUGUGGAACGGAUGAGCACUACAAAAAUGCCGACAUGGCUCUGGGCCAUGAAGGAGUUGGCAUAGUCGAGCAGGUUGGCGAUGCAGUCACCCGACUGAAUGUCGGGGAUGUCGUUGGAUGGGGGUAUAUUCACAAAACCUGUGGUGAAUGCGAGUCGUGUCUACGUGGUCAUGAUCAAUACUGUAACAAGCGGGAGUGGUAUGGGACCCAUAACUUCCACCAGGGCUCUUUUGGGUCGCACGCUGUAUGGGAAGACACCUUCUUGUUCAAGGUCCCUCCUUCCCUCAAGCCAGAAUAUGCUGCUCCCCUUAUGUGUGGAGGAGCAACAGUGUUCAGUGUCAUCGAGGCGUACAACAUCAGACCAACUGAUCGGGUGGGAGUUAUCGGAGUUGGUGGUUUGGGUCAUCUUGCGAUUCAAUUCCUUGCCAAGAUGGGUUCGGAUGUUGUGGUAUUCUCUAGCACCGAUUCGAAGAAGGACGAAGCGAUCCGUCUUGGUGCCAAAGAAUUCCACACCACAAAGGGAGUAGAACAUUUUGAAGGUGUGAAGCCGCUUGACCACCUCAUCAUCACGACGAGCUUCUUGACGAAAUGGAAACCAUUCAUCGACAUCAUGAAACCCGAGGGCACUAUUUACCCCAUCACAAUCUCGGGAGAUGACUUGGUCUUGCCGAUCCUUCCAGUUGUGCUUGCAGGUAUCACUAUUCAAGGAACCGUCGUUGCGUCGCGCUCUGUUCAUGCGAGAAUGCUUGAAUUUGCGGCUCGCAACGAUGUCUAUCCCAUCAUCGAGACUUUCCCAAUGACGAAGGACGGCGUCAAUGCUGGGAUGCAGAAGUUGAGGGAUGGGCAUAUGAGGUACCGGGGUGUUUUGGUUGCCUGA